AUGAUCUUCCAAGGCCUUGCCCCUACAUUUGUUGGAGAUCUCGCUGAUGCUGCUGGUCGGCGUCCCGCGUAUGCCGUUUGUUUUACUAUAUACAUUCUCGCCAACAUUGGCCUUGCACUUCAGAACAGUUAUGCGGCGCUGUUUGUCUUGCGCUGUUUCCAGAGCACCGGUUCUAGCGCCACAAUUGCUAUGUGUAGCGCUGUUGUGUCCGAUGUUGCCACUGCGGCAGAACGAGGCAGAUAUAUGGGAUUUACUCUUGCGGGAUCUCUGCUUGGUCCUGCUAUAGGUCCCGUCAUUGGAGGUGUGCUCGCUGAAUUUCUGGGAUGGAGGGCCAUCUUCUGGUUUUUGAUGAUCAUGGGCUCUGCGUUCAUGGUCGUUUUCGCAAUCUUCUUUCCCGAGACAGCUCGCACUCAGGUCGGCAAUGGGUCAAUCCCACCAAAAGGCUGGAAUAUGUCUCUGAUGAAUUACCUGGCAAUCCGCAAAGCUCGGAAGCUGCGUCCUCAGGACCAGAUGUCGGUGAAAGACGAGCAGCCUCAAAACGAGACGCGGAGGAAAAAGAAGUUUCGUUUCCCCAACCCGCUGCGAUCUCUUUACAUCAUCGUGGACAAGGAAAACGCACUGCUUCUCUUCUACAACGCGUUCUUGUUUGCAGCUUUUUACGACGUCACAGCAUCCUUACCAUCCCAGCUGCAAGCGAUAUUUGGCUUCAACGAACUCCAGAUCGGCUUGUGCUUUAUUCCUUUCGGCUGUGGAUCCCUCUGUGCUGCCCUCACAAAUGGACAACUAUUGGACCGCAAUUUCGCCCGUUGGUGCAAGAAACUUGGAGUGAAGAUCCGGAAGGGGCGAAAUCAGGACCUCAGCAAUUUCCCGAUUGAAAAGGUGAGGUUGCAGGUUGCCAUUCCUGCAGUCUACUUCACGUCAGUGCUGGUGCUUGCGUUUGGCUGGAUAUUGGAUGUCAAUGGGCCACUCCCGGCACUGCUUGUCGUCCUCUUCUUCACGAGUUUCACCAUGUCGAUCGCGUUCAACGUGACCAGCACACUCUUGGUCGAUUUCUAUCCUAGAGCGCCUGCCACGGCAACGGCAGCGAACAACCUAACGAGGUGCGGCCUGGGGGCAGGCGCCACGGCUGCCGUGAUACCCAUGAUUGAUGCCUGGGGGAGAGGCUGGACCUUUACCUUUUUGAGUUUGGGUCUAAUUGCGACGUCGCCGAUGCUUUGGGUAGUGUAUUUCCGGGGCAUGAAAUGGAGAGACGAGAGAAGAGAACGAGAGACUCGGGCGCGGGAGCUGAAGGAGGCAAAGUCGGCCCGGGAGAGCUCCGGUGAGAAUGGGGGGUGUGUUAUGGGAGAAGACGAAAAGCUGCCCCUUGAAGAGGGACCUGUGGUGGACAUGGCAGCCGUGGCUGAGAAAGAUCAAGACAGGGAACGCCGCUAUCACGAGUCAUCCAAGGACAUGUCCAAAGUACGGGGGGUGGAUAAGGGACAGGAUAAGAAGGAUAUUGACGAUGUGAUGAGUCGCGAAGACCAGGAUGUAACGCUAUCAAGAUCUUUUUCGUAUGAGUCUGGAUAUUGA